AUGCCGACCUCCAGCGGUGUCGAUCAGGCCAAGCUGCGUGAGGUGGUCCGUGUGCUGAAGAGCGUCGGCCACGUAGGGGUGGCGGAGUCGUUGGAGGUAGAGUGGGGCAUGCGGCCCAGCACCGCCUCUCACGCAAAGAACGCGAAGAAAGGGCGAAAGUCGCUGCCACACAAGAGUUGCGAGUCCUCGAAGACACGGGGCAGCUCGUUCCCAUCCCUCUCCUCCAUCACCGUCCCACCCUCUCCUCUCCAAGUGACGUCGCAGAGGCGAUUCGUAGUCACCUGCAUUGGUGACGAGGAGGACUUGUGGAAACCGGACAAAGACCCCGCAGAUGCGAAGCGCUGCAUCGCGCCACUCUUCGACUAUGGCGCCGGCCUCCUGCGCGACCACUAUGUCGAGUAUGCCGCGCACCCCGUCUCUUUUGUGUCCGUCCAUCCAUAUGAGAAGCAGCAACCUCCGUCGAACUUACCAUGGCGUCAUUUCGAGCUUAAGGUGUUCUACGAGGCAGGGAAGACGGGGUCGGAGGAGAAGAAGGAGUUUGAAUUAGUCAAGGACGAUCUCAUAGGCGGGCGAUACCGCGUGGAUGUCCCGAUCGAUGCCGCGACUUUUUCUCGAACUGUCCGAUGCUACGACGAGCAGACAGGCGAGCCUGUAUGCCUCAAGAUAAUCCGAAACUCCAAGACCUUCUUAGACCAAGGCCUCGACGAGCUACGAGCGCUGACCUGCGUCAACGACGCCGGCGACGCCGAUGCAUGCUGCGUCGUGCGCCUCCUCGACUACUUCUACUUCCGAGAGCAUCUUGUCCUCGUCACGGAGCUCCUCUUAGACAAUCUGUACGAAUACGCAAGGAAGCUCGACAUUGUAGAGCGCUGCGCUUACUUCACCCUUGCGCGUCUGCAGCGCAUCGUGCGCCAGGUGCUCACAGCGCUAAAGCUAAUCCAUUCUGUCAACCUCAUUCACUGCGACAUCAAGCCGGAGAACAUCGCCUUCAAAUCAGUGGCCGACUGCGAUGUGAAGGUGCUCGACUUGGGAAGCAGCUGCUACAUGACGGACACGCUCAGCUCCUACGUCCAGUCCCGCUCUUAUCGUGCGCCCGAGGUCAUUCUCGGCUGCAAGUACGGCCCUGCGGUCGACAUUUGGUCUCUGGGUGCCACAACAGCAGAGCUGGCGACGGGAACAGUGCUUUUCAAUGUUGAGUCAGUGCCCACCAUGCUUGCCUCUAUCGCGAGCGUAUGCGGGCCGAUACCGGCGGAGAUGCUCCAGGAAGGGCGCAAUACCUCCCUCUACGUCACAAAGCACGGCGCUUUCUACGACUACGAGGACGAGCAGCUCGUCUUCCACUUUCCAUCGGAGCCGCCUGAAGCGGCGGUGCUCUUCGGCUUCGACGACCACGACUACGUUGACUUUGUGCGGCUGUGCCUGACCUUGGACGCCGCAUUGCGUCCCUCCGCCGCGCAGCUUCUCGAUCACCCGUUUCUCACCAAAACCUACACCGACUGA